AUGACUGGAUUUGAAAACCUGGCAGAAGUUCCCUUCGAUGUUCAAGAAGAUAUCAAGGACGUUGAGCACCCAAUUUUCAGGAUUAAAUAUAGGUCUAAUUCUAUUGCCAGUGAUACUGCCAGUAGUAUUGGAGAUGGAGAUAAUACUAAGUUACCAAAUAUUAAAGUCUUGGGUACUGGGGGAACCAUUGCGUCCAAGGGAUCAAGUUCGUAUCAAACAGCAGGGUAUGAGGUUGAUUUAACUAUUGAGGAUUUGAUCAAGUCAAUUCCCGAUUUAUCACAUACUUGUGAGUUACAUUUUGAGCAGGUAUUCAAUUUAGACUCCAAAGAAUUUGGGACUAAAGAAUUGAUAGCAUUGCAUAAUAAGAUUCAAGAAGAUUUACCAUUUUUCGAUGGGAUUGUUAUAACUCAUGGUACUGAUACCUGUGAAGAAACUGCUUUUUUUUUGGAAAGUACUAUAAAUACUCGUAAACCAAUUGUAAUUUGUGGGAGUAUGAGGCCAUCAACAUCAAUUUCCAGUGAUGGGGAGAUGAAUUUAUAUCAAGCGUGUGUUGUUGCUGCAAAUAAACAAUCUCGCGGUAGAGGGAUAUUGGUAACUUUGAAUGAUAAGAUUGGAUCAGGAUAUUAUAUUACUAAAUCGGAUGCAAAUUCCUUGGAUACAUUUAAAAGUUUAGGACAAGGAUACUUGGGGAAUUUUGUUAAUAAUGAAGUACAUUAUUACUAUCCACCAAAUAGACCAACUGGAUUACAAAAAUUCAAUUUAUUAGGAGAAGAUGAAUUAAAAGAUUAUAAUAAGUAUUCGAAUAUACCAAUCUUAUAUUUCCACCAAAAUUUUAAUAAUGAAUUAAUUGAAUUAAUAAUUAAACAAUUGAAAGUUCCUGGUAUUGUUUUAGCAACCAUGGGAGCAGGAUCAUUAGCUGAUUCAACUAAUAAAUUAUUAGCCAAAUUAUCAACGGAAUACCAAAUUCCAAUAAUUUAUUCAAAAAGAUCAAUGGAUGGUAGUGUAAGUAAAGGAUCAUUACCAAAAGUUAGUAAUAAAGAAUAUCUUAUUGCUGGAGGAUAUUUAAAUCCACAAAAAUCAAGAAUUUUAUUACAAUUAUGUUUAAAUGAUAAUUUAUCAAUUGAACAAAUUAGAAAAAUUUUUAAAGAAGGUUACGGUGGUUAA